AUGACCAUGCAGAUGGUCUUUUGGCAGCAAAUGACGGUCGAAUUGGGCAUGACCUACGACGAACUCAACGCCGGCGUCUCCUUCAACGUCGUCGGGCUCGCCCUGGGUUGCCUUUGUAUCAUCCCCUUCACGAAGAAGUACGGUCGACGAUCCACCUACAUAUUCUCGACCGCUGUCAUGGCUGCAACCUCCUGGUGGAGCAGCCGCAUGCGGACGGUUCCCGAGAUGUAUAUCACGAAUUUGCUCUUUGGCUUGGCCGGGUCAACGAACGAGACCAUAGCUGAAAUGACUAUUGCAGACCUCUUCUUCGUCCACCAACGAGGCCUGGCGAACGGUUUCUACAUCACCAGCGUCAUGAUCGGGAACUUCCUGGCCCCCACUCUCGCGGGUAUCCAAGCAGCCUCCAUGGGCUGGCGAUGGGCAUACUACACCGUCGGCAUCAUUCUCACAAUCUUGUUUCUCUUAUUUCUUUUCUUCUUUGAAGAGACGAAAUACGUACCCGUGUCUGUUGGGGUUUCGACCGUCGAAGACUCAGACUUGCAGGAAACACAGAACAAGCUGCGAAAGACAAAGAGCAAUGCCAAGGCAUCGCACCCCGCCAACGACAAAGAAAUCUUCGAGAAGCAUGGUGACCAGGACGUUGAGCAGGUCAUGCCCCCGGUCCCGCUGCCCAACAAGUACCGACAACGAAUGCGUUUCUCCACCCCUACGGAGGAAUCGUUGCUCUCCACCUAUAUUGCCCCUUUCAAGAUGGCUCUCUUCCCUCAUGUUGUCUUCUCAGCCAUACAAUGCGCCAACGCCGUGGCCUUCUUGGUCCUCUUGACGAGCAUAAACUCCAUCGUAUUUGCUGCCCCGCCGUACAACUUCAGCACAGCGGGAGUCGGCCUCAUGCUCAUCAGUCCUUUCAUUGGCAACAUGAUCGGCAGUAUAUAUGGUGGAAUCUUCGGGGACCGGAUUGUUGUCAGACUUGCACGGAAGAAUCGUGGCAUCUUCGAGCCGGAGAUGAGACUAUAUGUCCUCUUCGUACCGGCACUCCUCAUGGGAGUCGGUGUUGUUAUCUUUGGAAUCACAGCAGACAGAGGCAUGCACUGGGUGUACCCAAGUAUUGGAGGUGCCCUUUUCGCAUUUGGCAUGAGCUCUAUGAUGGACGUCAGUUUUACCAUUGUGAUUGACACCUACAAAGCCGCCACAGCAGAGUCCUUCGUGUUCAUCACAUUCGUCCGCAACGCAGCGACCAUUGGAGUACCGUUUGCAGUGGUACCUUGGCUCAACUCCAUGAGUCUUACAAACAUUUCAAUAAUUUGCGGAUGUGUAGCCACCUCUAUCUGCUUCUUCUUUAUUCCAUUACUGAUCUGGGGGCGGGGCAUUCGAGUUGCGUUGCAUGCCAGAUAUGACAAACUCAUGGCGGAAACCCAAGAUGUUGGAGCAUCAGAGAGAACUUGA